GCCCGGGGCCGGGCCGGGCCGCGCCGCAGCCGCCGGGAGCGAUCGCGGCCGGGGCCGGGGGGCGGCGGGGCCGGGGCCGCUCGGGGCCGGGCCGGGGCCCGCCGCCAUGUACGACUGCCUGGAGGCGCUGGCGGGGCCGCGGCGGCUGCACGACGUGACGAACCGCGGGGCCUGCGCGCUGCGCAAGGCGGGCUACGGGCCGCGCUGCGGGGCCCUGCCGCCCUUCGCCUGGCCGCCGCCCGCCCGCCGCGCCGUGGAGAGCCAGGGCAGGAGCUCGGAGGAGAUGGUGCCCAGCUCGCCCUCGCCGCCCCCCCCCCCGCCCCGCGUCUACAAGCCCUGCUUCGUCUGCAGCGACAAGUCCUCGGGGUACCACUACGGCGUCAGCUCCUGCGAGGGCUGCAAGGGAUUUUUCCGCCGCAGCAUCCAGAAGAACAUGGUGUACACGUGCCACCGGGACAAGAACUGCCAGAUCAACAAGGUGACGCGCAACCGGUGCCAGUUCUGCCGCCUCCAGAAGUGCUUCGAGGUCGGCAUGUCCAAGGAAGCCGUCCGCAACGACAGGAACAAGAAGAAGAAGGAGGUGAAGGAGGAGGCGACGGCCGAGAGCUACGAGCUGAGCCCGGAGCUGGAGGAGCUGGUGCAGAAGGUCAGCAAAGCCCACCGGGAGACCUUCCCCUCCCUCUGCCAGCUGGGCAAGUACACCACGAACUCGAGCGCGGACCACCGGGUGCAGCUGGACCUGGAGCUGUGGGAUAAAUUCAGCGAAUUGGCCACCAAAUGCAUCAUUAAAAUCGUGGAGUUCGCCAAGCGCCUGCCCGGCUUCACCGCCCUCACCAUGGCCGACCAGAUCACCCUGCUCAAGGCCGCCUGCCUCGAUAUCCUGAUGCUGCGGAUCUGCACGCGCUACACGCCGGAGCAGGACACCAUGACCUUCUCGGACGGGCUGACGCUGAACCGCACGCAGAUGCACAACGCCGGCUUCGGGCCCCUCACCGACCUGGUGUUCGCCUUCGCCGGGCAGCUGCUGCCGCUGGAGAUGGACGACACGGAGACGGGGCUGCUCAGUGCCAUCUGCCUCAUCUGCGGAGACCGCAUGGACCUGGAGGAGCCCGAGAAGGUGGAGAAGCUGCAGGAGCCGCUGCUGGAGGCCCUCAAGGUGUACGCGCGGCGCCGCCGGCCCCGCCAGCCCCACAUGUUCCCCCGCAUGCUCAUGAAGAUCACCGACCUGCGCGGCAUCAGCACCAAGGGCGCGGAGCGAGCCAUCACGCUGAAGAUGGAGAUCCCGGGGCCGAUGCCCCCCCUCAUCCGGGAGAUGCUGGAGAACCCCGAGAUGUUCCAGGAGGAGGAGGAGGCGCAGCCCCCCCUGCCCCCGGAGCCCCCCGCCCCCCAGGACAGCCCCCCCGCCUCCCCAUAGCCCCCCCGCCCGCGCCGGGGGGACCCCGUAACCCCCCCGCCGGGCUUGGACACUCACAACUGCCUUCCACAGCCCCCCCCUCCUCGCUCCGGGGAGAGGGCGGACCCCCGUGAUGCCCCCCCCCGCCCAAGUUUGGGGGGGGGCUCCAGAGACUGACGGAGCCAGCCCGGGGGAGACCCCGCGGCACAGCUAUUGCCUUAAGCUGGGGGGCCCGGGGGGGCCCCCCCACCCCAACCUCAGCUUCAUGCCAAAGCGCCCCCCCCCCAGCCCCGCUGCCACCCCCACCCUUGUAUUGGGGGGGGGGAUUUGAGGGGGACAACGAUGGACAGAAAUUAUUCCCCCCCCCAAUUAAUGCCUGACGCCCCUCGCUGUGCCCCCCCCCCCCCCCCCUCGCCAAGCCGGGGGGGGCCCGGACGUCCAGGACUUUAUUUAUUGGAAACAGGGUUUUGGGGGGGGGGACACACGACACCCCCAUUCCCCCCCCAGGCACUGCUGGGGUGCAGGCACGACCCCCCCCAUUCUGCGGGAGGGGGCGUUUUAUUUGCUGGUUUAUCUUAUAUUUGGGGGGGGGGGGGGGGGGGGGGCGCUUGUGGGUUUUGCUUUUUGACGCUGUUGGGGUGGGGGGACCCCAAUUUCCCUUCCCUCCCCCCCCCCCCAGCACAGAACACUACAGAGACCAAAGAGGGGGGGGACACAAGGUGACACCCACCCCCCCCCCCCCCAAACCCCUCCCUGUAUUUCUGGGGGGGGUCCAAGCCAUAGUGAUGGUGACCCCCAUGCCAUGGGGGGCCCCUGCCUGGUGGCCCCCCGCCCCCCCCACCCCAAGGCAGCUUUACUGGGGGGGGGGUGUCACACCCCAACUGCCCCCAGGACCAAACUUCCCCCCCCCCGCCCCCCCCCCAAUAUCUGUUACCCCCAGCCUGGCUGGAAUUGGGGGGGGGGUGUCCCUGUUCUUCCCCCCCCCCCAAUUGGGGGCGCACAGCCCUUGGGGGGGGAUCUGUUACACUACACGGGGGGGGUGCCCACCCCCCCAACCCCCCCCGGGGCAGCACUUUUCACCUGUUAUUUAUUCCUUUGCGUUUACACCGGGGUCCCCCCGGCCCCGGGGCGGGGGGGUCCCCCUUGCCGCUGCCCCCCCGCCUGCCCCCCCCCCCCGGUGUCAGCUGUUCCCCCCCUCCCCCCAAAACGCUGGGAGGGGGGGUCUCCCCGCCAUGUUUACAGCCCACCCACCCCCCCGUCCCGCCGUGGGGGUGGGGGGGACACGGGACUUUUCUAUUUUUGCAAAAUAAAGUGAUGGAAAUUUG